GCGGUGUUUCAGUGCGGAAGCAACGGGUGGUGCUUCGGCUGUUUAUCUUCCUCCGUCACACGGCAGACUGGGCCUGAGAUACCGAGACGUUGCUUGUAGAUUGUGUUGGACCUAUAGCGAGUAUGAAGUUUGUGUAUAAGGAGGAACAUCCGUUCGAGAAACGGCGCUCAGAGGGAGAGAAGAUCAGGAAAAAAUACCCAGACCGAGUACCGGUGAUUGUGGAGAAGGCUCCAAAGGCUCGAAUAGGAGAUCUGGACAAAAAGAAAUACCUGGUCCCAUCAGACCUUACAGUUGGUCAGUUUUACUUCCUCAUCAGAAAGCGAAUUCACCUUCGAGCUGAAGAUGCGCUGUUCUUCUUUGUCAAUAAUGUGAUCCCCCCAACCAGUGCCACCAUGGGCCAACUGUACCAGGAACACCAUGAAGAGGAUUUCUUCCUGUAUAUUGCCUACAGUGAUGAGAGUGUAUAUGGAAUCUGACCCCCCCCACACACACACACACACACACACUUCCUACUGCUUCCCCCACUUCCUCCCCAAGUGGCACUUAUACAUCUGGGAAAUGGUAACCUUGAACCCCAUCAUCCCUUAAAAACUAUUUCUUUCCUCCAUAACCCUGUAUAAAUGUGUGCGUUCAGUUUAUUUGCCCCCCUUUGGGAGAGCACUUCAUAUACUAGAGGGAGGGUGAGGGCUGCUGCUUGUUUAACACAAGAUUAAUGGUGGGCAAACAAGUUGACCCACUCUCCUACCCCCUUCUGGGGUUGUUCGUAAUAAAAUUAAAUGGAGACUCAA